AUGGCCAAGCUCACGACCCCUUCGAAAAAGGAACUCAUCGAAGAGAAUCGGGUACUGCGAGCUGAAAUGCAAGCAGCCACGUUCAUGAUCCCCCUCGUCGGGCAGCCUGAAACUCCAUCGGAACCUCGGGCCGCUGUCGAACCCAAAUUCUCAGCAAACUAUACGGACCAGAUGAUCGUCGCGUUGCUCGAACUCGCCUGCCUGUGGGAAAAGGUCGCCCUGCAAUUCAACAUACUCACGUCGGCAUCAUACAACAACAUCAAGAAGUGUGUCGAAGCUACUGAAAACGACACCGAGAAUCCAAUCGAGUAUCCAAGCUACUGGGAACACCUCGUCACUGCAUUCGGGGACAUGAAAGGAAUUGGACAUCUCGAAUUUGGCACCGAUAACCCAAGUUCACUGUGGGACGUCAACAACAGCAGUGGUGUUGAAGAUGGUGAUGGCGACCUCCACGUCGACGACGCAGAACGAAAGCGAAAACGCAUUAUUCCGGGUGAAGUCGACAGGCAGCGUCAACUACGGAAGCACGGCGAGACAGACGUCGGGGCGGGGCUAGUGUCGCUCGGUGCUGCACUCGCACAAGGGAUGCGCGAUACUCGAGAGGACUGA